AUGGCGGACGCCUCGGCAGGGAAUUCUAUCAGGAAUGGUAGCACCAGGACUCGGCGGCUCCGUGAAGGAGGGAGUUCAAGGAACUCUUCGGCCAGGUCAUCUACCGUCUACAACGAUGACUUCCUGCAGCCGGGCUACGGUUCCACGGGACUGCGAUCAUCGACAUCGCGAUUCUCUCUCAACGAACAAUUUGCUGCCACGCGUCGCGAGUAUGAAUUCGACUAUGACGACACAUCGUCCACACUCGGUCGAUCCACUAUCGCUUCUGAGGCCAUGGGCGACCAAGACGUCGAGGAUGCCGAGGACGAGGACAUGUUAGCUCUGCACGCGGCGUCUCGGGGCCGGGAUUUGUACGAACUCUUGUGCCUACCCCGAAAUUCGUCGGCUCAUUCCAUACGCCGCGCCUAUCACCGUCUCUUCGUCCUGCUCUAUCCCGACUCGCAUCCGCGAAAAGUCCGCGCUGCUGCCGAUGUCUACUUUACUACCGUCCAGACUGCCUUUGAGACGCUCAUUGAUCCCUGCAGACGAUUGCAGUAUGACCUCGACAGCGCCAAUGGGGCAGACCAAUCAUCAUCCCUCGAGACUCAGGAUCAAGACUACCGCCUUUGGCAUGCCGAACUAUUAAGGCAUCAUCUCCUGCAUCCGAACGCGGCAGAAGAUCAUGAUGGGUUAGAACUCAGCGUUAGGUUCGGCGAGGGACCGUCCGGUCUGCCCAAUGUAGGGCAUCGACACCAACUUGAGCCUGUCGACUUCGCCAUGGGCCAGUCCUUUUCGAUACCAUUGUCCAUCUUGGGGGGGCCUUUGGACCAUGCGUUCCACACAAUUCGGAAUUGGAUGACACGGGCGACCCCGAGGGAUCCGCCGUCUGUCUCGCCAGAUCAACCAGACUGCAUAAACGGGCAAAUUAAACCGUCCUUAGUAACAUAUUAUGGCCCGCUUCUGACCAUUAGAGCCUCCAUAUAUGGGCUACUACAAGAUCUCAUGUCGAUACCCGUAGAUGUUUUGGCGGAUCCUUAUCAGCCAACCCUGGCGACGGAGAUUCCUAGGGACCGGGUUUUACAGCUUCUCGAUGGCCGCAUACAUCCUUUGCUUAGCGUUAAGUUCCAACAUCAGCUGCCCCCAUCUGGCCCAACCAAACAUGGGAAAAUGAAACACGGGAGCAGCAGAAACAAACUAAGCUUGGACACGUCGUCAAGGGGGUCAAGGGGUGCUAUCGUCGAGCUGGAAUCAGAUAUCAUUCCAAGUCCGGCUCUAGCUACUCGCAUGUCUACACAAGUCUUAAUACCGUGCGACACCACGCCAAGCUCCAUACAAAUCGCCGCCAAAACCGCACCAUGGAACAACCACUUUCCAAGGAUUGGCGCAAACCUGCAGCGGCCAACAGCAGGCGGCUUACUCAUGUGCAAUCUUGACAGCGGGGAUUGGACGUCGCAAGCGGACUUGACAUGCAGUGCCUUCACCCAGUUCACUAGGAUGAAACAGCAAUUCCUUAGCCUGGACAUCCCGCUGCGCAUUGCUCCAAAAAUAGAAGUCGCUUACAAGAUGGGGGGUUCGUUUAAACCCUCUGCCACAUGCAUUUCGGAUCGCGCUACCGAACGUGGCCUUCGCAGUCUAGAAUGGGGCAUGGAACACGACGGCGGGGGCUCAUGGACAGUUUCUACAACAGGUGAAGUUGGUUAUGUCGGUUCAUCCAUCAGGUACGGCCUUGACGUGAAUGUGCCAUCAUCCAAAUUUGUGGGAAACGGCCCGACAUGUGCUUCGCCAGGCGCAAAUCGUACGAGUGGUCGUGGGGUUCGCCUUGAAGCCGAGCUGGCCUCGAACUCCCUUUGGACCACUUUCAUGGCAUUGAGGUGUCUCAAAAGAAUCGGGCGCUUCUCCAAGGUUGGCUUUGAAGUCGGACUGAGCACUAACAGCCUGCACCUCUCGGUCUACUGGUCGCGACUCGGGCAGCGUAUCAGCUUGCCUUUCUUGAUGCGCUCGCGGGCUACCCUCAACGCCCAGCUUCUCUUCUGGACCACUUUGGUCCCUUUCGUUGGGUUCGCAGCCUGGGAGUACGCUGGAUAUCGCCGGCGCCGAAACAACGCCAAGCGACGUGACUGGCGGAAAGACCUCAAAAGCAAACGCGCUGAAGCAGACGAGGUGAACAUGCUCCUGGCGGCCAAUGUCGAAAAGCAGCAGAAGUCUGAGCUUGCCAGGGGUGGACUCGUCAUCCUCAAUGCCAAGUAUGGUGUUAAAGCGGCGGAUGAGAGCAAUGCGUGGGGCGCCGAGGAAGUCGCCGAUGUGACAAUUGCUGUGGCGGCCCUUGUCGAUAAUGGCGAGCUUCUUAUUCCAGAAGGCGUGGACAAAAGCCAGCUGUUGGGAUUUUGGGAUCCGGUUCCUACCUCCGCCAAGGCUCUCCAUGUGCGGUACCUGUAUCAGGGUAAGGAGCAGGCUGUGGAAGUAAUUGGAGAGCAGCAACUGCUCCUGCCAUCCGUCAAGGACUGA